UUCGCGCUAAGUCAAGCCAGUCGACUUGCAGCGGCCGUACCUGUCGCGGCACACGAUGCAACGGACCUCUAGAGAUUAAAUCGUCUUGACCCGCGCCUUUUCUUAUCUUCCCCCCCUCUCGCUCUCUCUGUUUCUUUUAUCCGCUCCCGCCUGGCCAGUCCCCAGCUUCGCCCUUCGCCCUUUUGCUCCCCACCCCCUUGGUACUUGUUAUCCCACUCCUGUUGCGCGCCUGUCGCAUGCGACCACCCGUCGAGGUGACUUAACAUCCAACAACCAGCGGUACAUCCCGGACCCCCAGGAUGUCGCAUGACAAUUUGGGAUUUACAUCGAGCACGAAUGCUCUGCAAGAUAUCAAAAAGUCUUCUUCGUCUCAGGAGCGUCCUGGUUACGGAUGGAAGAAUGAUGCCACGUACGUUCUGGAACUCCAAGAAAAGAAGAAGGACGCACACGCGACGCAAGAAAGUGAUUAUGACCCUUAUGACUAUAGAGAGGUGGAGCAUCCGACUACCAACACGGAGACAAUGCUUCACCUGCUGAAGGGGAGUUUGGGCACUGGGAUCCUCGCGAUGCCGAAGGCUUUCGAUAAUGCUGGAUACAUUGUCGGCGUUAUAGCCACGUUCAUCAUUGGGCUCCUUUGUAUAUAUUGCAUGCGAAUUCUCGUUCGUUCGGAGUACGAGCUGUGUAAGAGGAAAAGGGUGCCGUCCAUGUCGUAUCCGGCGACCGCGGAAGCCGCCUUGCUCGAGGGACCGUCGUUUCUCAAACAUUGCUCCAAAGCUUCUAUACAUAUAAUAAACGCCUUCCUAUUGAUAUAUCAAAUGGGCACUUGCUGCGUCUACCUAGUUUUCAUUUCUAAAAAUCUGCAACGGGGACUGGGCACGUUUGUCACAAUGGAGUUGGAGGUAUACAUGGCAAUUCUCCUGUUACCCCUGAUCUUAGCUAAUUACAUCAGGAAUCUUAAAUACCUGGCGCCGUUUUCGACGCUAGCGAACAUUAUCAUGUUCACUGGGAUUGGCAUCAUACUCUAUUACAUCUUUCGAGAACCGCUGUCGUUCAAAAAUCGCGAGGCAUUCGGGGAAGUCACGAAUUUUCCACUCUUCUUCGGCACCGUACUGUUCGCUCUCGAAGCCGUCGGCGUAAUCAUGCCAUUGGAAAAUGAGAUGAAGAAUCCUAAAUUCUUCAUGAAGCCAUUCGGCGCCCUGAACGUCGCAAUGGGCAUCAUAGUCGUGAUGUAUGCCGGCCUGGGAUUCUUCGGGUACAUACGUUACGGCGAGGACGUCAAAGGCAGUAUCACGCUCAACCUGCCCGAGGAGAAGCUGGGAAUUGCAGUGCAAAUUCUCCUGGCUAUCGCCAUCUUCUUCACGCAUCCUAUCCAAUGUUACGUCGCCAUCGAUAUCGUCUGGAACGAAUAUCUCAGCCAGUACCUGGACAAGUACCGUUUCAAGCUGUUAUGGGAGUAUGUCGUCAGGACUGUCAUUAUUUUGAUAACCUUUGGCUUGGCGAUCUCGAUCCCGGAGUUGGAGCUCUUCAUAUCGCUGUUCGGCGCGUUUUGUCUGUCGGGUCUGGGACUGGCUUUCCCGGCGAUCAUACAAUUGUGCGCCUUCUGGAAGGUGCUAAGACCGGUCGAGAAGAACAUUAUGCUGGUGAAGAACAUGUGCCUAAUACUAAUCGGGCUCCUCGGCCUGGUCGUGGGUACUUACACGAGUCUCCGCGAGAUCAUCAAGAAGUUCCAAUGAAGUAUCCGAGAAAGUGCGCGACAAAACUGUUAAAGCUGAGUGACGAAGUGACAGGCGGGGAGCGGAAGUAAACAGGAAUCGUUCUCCGUGCGAGAAACGACGACGGCGUGAUACGUAGUUGAAGUUGAUCAUUGCCAAAAGUGAGUGCGCCUAAAAAUACAAAGCGCAUUCGGAGGCGCCGGCCGAGGGACCGAAAUAACGUUAACUUCUUACGGCUCGCAUCACACUUCGGCUUCGAUUCGUCGGGGACGAGAUGAAGUUCCUAGGUGCGUUUGUUGGUUUUCUUUUUUUUUUACGCGUGAUAUGCAAGACUGCGAGUGAAGAUGUGGACUGUACAACGGCGCGACGAGUCCUGGCUCGCGUCAGCGUCGGCGUCAAUUACGGUACAGCGAUAUAUAUAUACACAUGUAUAUAUAUAAAUGUAUAGAUAUGUAUAAAUAUGUGUAAAAAGGUUUUAUCGUAUUAGCAAAUAAAAGAAUUUUAUUUUCACACCGCCGCUCCCAUUGCUUCAGCAUUCUUCGUCGUUCGUUGAUGCCGGCGAAAUUCUGAAUUGAGCUAUUGUCGUAACAAUCGUGUCAUUUAAUUAAAAUUCACACCUCUGGCCGCAUUUCCAUUCAUAUUUUAACGUCCUAGAAGAUAUACAAAAAUAUAUACGUCGUUAUCGCACAUCGUUAUCAUGCGACGAAUCGUUACGCUAGAACAAGUCGAGAUUCCAAUAGUAUGUAAAAGCAGGUGCCUAAAAGAACGAGUGCAGUCAUCAGUGCCAUUUCGUUACCUUUAACUGUAUGUUUUAUAUAGAUUUUCAGACGAUCGACAUUGAUUAUCGUUAACAGAUCGAUCAUCGAAUCAUCGCUUGUAAUGUAAGCGGGUAGAAACGUUUCCUUUUUCUAGAAAUAACGAAAUAUAUCGUACGAUUUUUGCAUUGUACACCACGAAGAUGAUCGACGGCUUCUUUCCUUUGGUUUUACGAAAAAGUUUUAUACUUGUUUAUUGUUUUCGUUUUAAUGGCAUGAUUGCACGUAAUAAAAUAUUAGGCGUAGCACACAUGCUAUUUUAUUUAGCAUACAUUCGUGACUUGGCAAAGAUGUGAUAAAAUUACGAAUAACCGAAGAAUCGACGAAAUCAUUGUAUAAAGGCCUUGUAAUGAAUAUCUACUCGAAUGUUACGAAUACGAAUUCAGAAGGAUUAUAAGCAGUUCUUUUUUAAUUAUAAAAAUAAAUUUUUCAAGAUUUA